GCGAAGCAGAUGUUGUCUGAACAUUCCGAGCUCUCUGAGACUUUCAACUCAUGUUAGUGUAUUACAAACCUCGGGACUAGCUACAUUUCUAUACGUAUUUUCAACCAAAAAAUAAAUAGAUUUCACCAUUUUUGGCGAGCGCCGCAAAGCCGUACAAAUUCAUUGUUAAUUUUUAGCAAUACCAAAAGCAAAGAUCAAGACCAAUCUAUAGAGGACACCGAGUCGUAAUCCAAGGGCGCCGCACAUCAUGAAUCCUACCAACCUGGGCAAGCAGAACGGUGCACUGGUGAUGGAGGUGCUGAAGGUUUUGGGUCGUCCGGCCACCAGUUUUGAGGUGGCCGAGCGAGUGUCUGAUGUCUACCGUCUACCACUACAGCCCAUCCGUCCCGUAGUGACAGAUGUACUUGAGGGCGGGGUACGCCAGGGGCUCUUCAGUUACAGAAACCAUCGCUACUCGGUGGUGCAGCCUGUGGUGGAUCAACUCCGCCGCGACAUUGAUAAGUAUGCAUCCGAGAUACUGGCCAUGGAUACAGGCUCCUCUGAAGGCUCGAGUGAGACGAGCUUGGACGAUGCUGCUGGUGGUAGUGGUGGCGGAGGAGCACUGCCCCAGAUGUCACCGCUGAUGCUGAAGCUGCAGAAACUGGAUGGCUCACCGCCCAUGCUGGCCGGGGGGAACAGAUAUCGCCGGACGACCAUGGGGGAGCAACAAGAACGUUUGCCCUCCGGGGAUGUACCAAUAGGCGACAGAGUGGAAGUCGUCAUGCUGCCCGUCUCCCCGAUAUAAAAAAUUUCCCAUUUUAUUAUAAAUUGUUCCACCGAAUGCUAGUGCAUCAGAAAUUCUGGCGUCCAAUAAACCAGGCAAGGGCUCGAUGUGUUCACAUGGCAGCGAAGUUGGACCUAGACCA